AUGCACAUCAACUGCGAGGAACCUGACCUGGCCAACACUCUUAUUGAGAAAAAUAUUUUAAAAGCUCAGUUUUGUGUCAACUACGAUGACCAAAAUCAUAACAUCACCAAAUUUUGGAAUAAAGUUCCUUCGUGUGGCAAAGUGCUAGAUGAUUCGUGUGGGUACCCAUGCUUCUUCACCAGGGACGUGUGCGAUGCAAAGGACACAGACGCAUAUCCACCGUGCGUAUACACGGACAUCUUGAGGAACCCUGUUAAGACAAGAACAGCACUGUCCGAGGAUGAAAAGCCGCCCAUCAGUGAAGUCUGCCCAUGCACCAACCUCCUAUGUUCAAUAGCUACAGCAGCAACUCUUACAUUUCCAACUAGUACUACUUCUUCUAAUAAACAUGAUUCCCUCUCAAGUUGGAACACUGUGACCAGCGCAGCACCAAGUAGUGAUAUGAGCCAAACACAAACACUUGUUCCUCCAUCAUCUCCUUCUUCCUCCAGAGAACUUAGCGUGGGACUUGGCGUUGGUCUGAGUCUUCUGGUUAUUGUUCUUAUUGCAGUUGGUCUUUUGUUCUUCUUCAAGCGCAAAAUGCUUUUGAGUAAGAGCGGACCAUUAAAAGAUCACAUCACGCAUGUUUGGGUCGGGGAAAUUGAGUCUAAGGUCUGA